UCUGCAAAUAAAAUGCGUUACUGAGCAUUCACGUGGUUCUCCUGAACUCUAGGUGGACUAUUCGGUGCAUGAUGGAGUGUGUGAGGUGAUUAGUGAAGAAGAUGGUAAUACAUAGCGCCACAAAUUCAAUUAUUGUAAACUCCUCGUUUUGGUCAUAGAAAAGUUUUAUUUUUUAUAUAAACCGUGUUGAGUGGGAGCUCCAGUUUCCUCCCACAGUCCAAAUACAAGUAAGUAGGUGUUCGCGUUGUAAAGAAGUAUGCCUCUGUCAACCCAGUCCCAGUCAGGAAAUGAUGACUAUGUUCUGGUAGCAAGUCUGGAUAACGUAAGGAAUCUCUCCAACAUUCUGAAAGCCAUAUCCCUCAAAGACCAUGCAAUGUUCAAUGCAACGCAAAAUGGGUUAAAAGUUACUGUAGAGGAUUCCAAAUGCCUUCAAGCAAAUGCAUUCAUUCAGGCAGAGGUAUUCCAAGAAUUUUCACUCAAAGAGGAUGUAGUUGCAUUUCAGGUGAACCUAACUGUGCUGCUGGAUUGCCUCACCAUCUUUGGAGGAAGCACAGUACCAGGGGUAAGCACAGCUCUGAGAAUGUGUUACAAUGGCUAUGGCUACCCGUUAACCCUGUUUCUGGAGGAGGGAGGAGUGGUUACUGUUUGCAAAAUUAACACCCAGGAGCCAGAGGAGCCCUUAGAUUUUGAUUUUUGCAGCACUGAUGUUACCAACAAGGUGAUUCUACAGUCUGACAGUCUAAAAGAGGCCUUUUCAGAGCUGGACAUGACAAGUGAGAUCCUGCAGUUAACAAUGUCACCAAGUCAACCAUUUUUCAGAUUGUCGACAUUUGGAAAUUCAGGAAACGCCCAUUAUGACUACCCGAAAGACUCAGACAUGAUGGAGCUGUUCCAGUGUACCAAGACUCAGACUAACAGGUACAAGAUGUCUCUAUUAAAACCCUCCACUAAGGCUUUGGCCUUAUCUUGUAAGGUCUCAGUGAGAACAGACAGUCGAGGGUUCCUCUCGCUACAGUACCUCGUACGGAAUGAUGACGGACAAAUCUGUUUUGUUGAAUACUAUUGCUGUCCUGACGAAGAGGUUGAUGAAGAGUAGAAGAAAAGAAAACCUUAUGUUAAGAUUGUCCAUCUCAAGGCAACAGUCUAUAUAGGUUAAAAUGUUAAUUAUUUAUGUUUCUGUUCUGUUUAUUACACAGCGAUUGCUUACAGUUCUGUAAAGUGCAUUAUAUGCUUCUAUAUUCGCUGGUUGUAGUUCAUGGAAUGCCCAUACCUGUUCCAGCAUAAGUGUGGCCUUGUGCACAAAUCAAGUUUCAUAAAGACAUGGUUUGAUGACAGCUAAGAGCCCUGACCUCAACCUCCCACGGACACACUUUCCCAGAUGAGUGAAGGUUGUUAAGACUGCAAAGAGAAGAGUGCAACUCAAUUAAUGCCCAUGGUUUACAAGCACUGUCCAACAAGUUCAUAGCCAGGUCUCCACAUAUUUUUGCCAUUUGGUGAAUGUAUUUCUUUCUAUAUGGAACAUUUGAUGUCUUACUUAGUGUUAUAUAAUUAGUAAAAAUAGCCUUACAUAAAAAUACAAAUGCCAAGAAAUGUAAUUUAUUACAAAAGACAUUGUACUAAUAUUUUGUCAU